AUGGCAAUCUUCAACCGUAAAUCCAAGGACAGGCCAUCCGACGUGGAUGGAGCGGCUGCACCGACAGAGAAGGAGAAAGUCAAAUGGUCAAAGAGACCCGCGAACACCGCUUUCAAGCAACAACGUCUCAAGGCAUGGCAGCCAAUCCUCACUCCUAAGGCAGUACUACCUACCUUGUUUAUCAUCGGCCUGAUCUUCGCUCCUAUCGGAGCUCUGAUAGUCUGGGGAAGUGGGAAGGUUACAACAAUAACUCUGGACUACACUCAAUGUGAUGUCGACGCUCCAACAGAUGGAUCCUUCCAAACCAUGCCAAGCAGCGCUUAUGACUAUGCGUUUAAGUCGGGCUCUUCAGAUACAAAGUCGUCCAUUUCCGCGCCUACUUGGUCCUUUAGUAAUGAUUCGUCCAGAUCAGUUGGGCAGGAGGCGAGAUGUGAGAUCGAAUUCGAAGUCCCUUACAACUUGGGACCCGGUGUAUUCCUAUAUUACAAAUUGACCAACUAUUACCAGAAUCACCGUCGUUACGUGAUGAGUCUAGAUACAUCUCAACUAACGGGUGACAGAAGAUCUGCAUCUCAAAUCGAUAGCGGGGAUUGCAAACCCAUCACUUCUUCAGGAGGCAAGCCUUACUAUCCUUGUGGGCUUAUCGCCAAUAGUGUUUUCAAUGAUACAUUUGGACCAGUGGUACUUCUCAAUGCUCAGAAUGGCGCUCAGAACCAAACCUACAAUUUUACUGAGAAGGGAAUAGCUUGGGGAGGUAUCAAGAAGAACUAUGUUGUGACACCAGGCUAUGACUCACCUUCCGAUGUCCUACCACCUCCUAAUUGGGCUCGUCGUUAUCCCGACGGUUAUACAGAAUUCCCCAAUUUAUACGAAGACGAGCAUUUCCAGAUUUGGAUGAGGAUUGCAGCAUUACCUACUUUCAGAAAGCUAUGGGCUCGGAACGAUGAUGAAGUGAUGACUCAAGGAAGGUACAGAGUGUCUGCAUACAUGAACUAUCCCGUCAAACAAUUCACGGGAACAAAAUCCAUCGUCAUCUCGACCGUAUCAUGGAUAGGAGGCAAACAACCAUUCUUAGGAUGGGCCUACAUUGCUGCAGCUAUACUUUGUGUCGUUCUCGCUAUCGCUGGUCUGAUCAGACAUCUCGUUAAACCAAGGAAGUUGGGGGACAUGUCGCUUCUCUCGUGGAAUCAACCCAACUCAGGUAGAUGA